AUGGCGUCCCUCGAACAGCGCCUUCAAUCGCAGAAAUUCGACUAUCUUGAAACGAGAGCAGCUUUACGGGGCGAACGGCUGCCCACCGCGCUUGGCCACGCGAUAACAAGACUCUGUGUGAUCCGCGGUAUCCGAUACCAUGAGUCGUUUGCAACAAACGAUGCAUCGAUAUUGUUUGGCUGCCCAGGCCACCCCGAAUUCACCCGGGCCCUGAACGCCCGUGCCAUCAUGAGCGAUCGCAUCCCCGACUUGGACCCGGCCAGCCGACCCGAAGAGGUGCCUUACUGCAUCUGGCACCCAGAGGUAGCAUCGGAAGAGACAUACCGACAACUUGCUAGGCGGUACCCGUCUAUGAAAUACCAGGUAGCGAGGGCAUGCGCUGUCGCGGGAUACACUGACCUGUACCUGGAGCUAGACAUUCUCCCUGAAGUCAGUGUUGCUGAGGAAGCUCGAGAUGCUAGGAGUGAUGCCAUCUUCGCGCAUAUCAUGGCGCAACCAGUCCGCUACGCGGUGAUGGACGACUAUUACCGUGUGAUCAAAACAUCAGAGGCUAGCAAGCCGGCUUAUCUGAACGGCGAUACUGCGGUAUGCUCUAUGCUGCAAAAAAGACAAAGGUUUAGGAAACCCACUGGGGUGGAGGAUGAUGAAGAUGAUCUCUUUGGAGGCCUCAUUGACGAUAAAGGAUACGAUGAAAUGAUUUUCAAUAUUACCGAAGACCAGAGUUUGGACGAAUCUGAGGUUGAAAUCAGUACUGACCCAAUGCUGGAGCUUCUAUACUCACCGUUACCCCUUGACUUACCAGCAGGUAAUAAGGACCUUCUCAUCCUCAUGGCCGCAUACUACGGCGACAUCGACCGCUAUGUACGGCUUCGUAGGCCUACAAUGAUACCCAAAGAGAAUUUUUGCGUCGUCCGCGGCAUCUAUCAUAACUCUCUCUUUGCAAAGAGGUGGUCAACCCAACAGAAUCCUCCCGCUGAGGAUCAGCCGUUUUACAUGCACAAUUGGGACCAUAUCCAGGCUGCUAUCACUGCACGGCACAUCAUGAACAACGACCUAUCACGGAUUGCGAACAACCGGGCCAUUCCGUCCAGCCAGCUUCCUUAUCUGAUAUGGUUCCCUAACGUGGCGAGGCCGGAAACGUACCGAACGCUCGCGAAUCUACGGCCCGAAAUGCGCGAGGCUUGCAUUCGAGCUGCCAUCUACGCCAAUUACGAAAAGUUGUUUGAUGAACUGCUCCCAGACACAUCGCCCAACGCGUUCCUCGUCGCUGAGGCGCGGCAAAGUCCCAAUCCAAAGUACCUAACUGCGCUGGAGGCGCGGGCAAAAGAACUUGACGUGGAUAUUACCCCCUCCGCAACCCUGAGUGGACGCGGCCACUGGGCCUGGAAGAUGUUUUCUGUCAAGCAGACUGGCCCCAGCAUGAGAAGCGAGAAUGGUGUGCCUACAGCCGUUGAUGAGGAGACAAUUGGUGGUGAGUGGGAACAAGACGCUGUCUACAAUGGAAUGCGUUGUAGUGCCAAUAUGCUUGAGCUCUUCUUAAUGUUACCAGAAGAAUGGCGGCCAAAGGAUAUGUACGUCGAGUUGGAUUACGAGGACUGGCCGCCGCAAGAGUUUCUGGGCGGAAAGGCAUGA